AUGCCAUCCAAGACAUCGAAAUAUGUAUAUCAUGGUCAUAGCAAGAUAAUUUCUGGUGUUAUUGCAGUUCUAGAAGCCACCAGUAAACCACUUUCUUUACAAGAGCUGGUUGAUGAAAUGACCAGACGGCAAUUAGUAGUCUUCCAUGGUGCAACGCCACGCAACACUGUAAGCGGUGAAAUCAGUAAGCUUCUCAAUGCAGUUGGUCCCAGCAAUGCACCUAUCCUCAAAGUUAACCAGGGCAAACUUACCAAAUUUUUCUUGCGACCGCGUCAUCAAGAUACGUUAAAACAGCUGCCGAACGGUAAAAUCCAAAAGAGGCACUCGUCCCGUUCUAAUCGCAAUAAUCAUCACCUUCAGGCGACUACCAUGUCAUCAUCUGAUGUCCAAAGUCAAAAAGAGCGCGUCCUCGAUCAAAAGAAACGUCGUCAGAUGGAAGAUCUCAAGGCUGCUUAUCUACUUUCCUGUCUUUCUGUUCAUUCGUUCUGGCUGAAUUUUAAGAACGAACCAGAAAAGGAUUUCAAAUACUUUUUGGAAGCUCAUGUUGGAGAGGCUUCAUUAAUUUCGAACGGUGCUACUGAAAAUGAUAGUGAUCUUAAAAAUCUCACGAUGGAUAUAGAUUCAU